AAAAACUAUAACACAACACAAUGUCUUCUGCCGGUCAGGUCAUUCGAUGCAAAGCUGCGGUGGCUCGAGAGGCUGGGAAGCCACUGGUGAUCGAAGAAGUGGAGGUGGCGCCACCACAGAAAAUGGAAGUCCGUUUGAAGAUCCUCUUUACUUCCUUGUGCCACACCGACGUCUACUUUUGGGAAGCUAAGGGACAAAACCCCUUGUUUCCUCGCAUAUUAGGCCACGAAGCUGGAGGAAUCGUCGAGAGCGUGGGUGAGGGUGUGACCGAACUGAAACCAGGGGACAAAGUGCUCCCGGUAUUCACCGGAGAAUGUGGCGAUUGCCGCCAUUGUAAGUCAGAAGAGAGUAAUAUGUGUGAUCUUCUCCGGAUUAAUACUGAUAGGGGGGUCAUGAUAAAUGACGGAAAAUCAAGGUUCUCCAAAGAUGGCCAACCGAUUUACCAUUUUCUUGGGACGUCAACCUUUAGCGAGUACACGGUUGUUCAUUCUGGAUGUGUGGCUAAGAUUAACCCCGAUGCCCCGCUUGACAAAGUCUGUGUUCUUAGCUGCGGAAUUUCCACUGGAAUGGGUGCAACCUUGAAUGUAGCUAAGCCGAAAAAGGGCAUGAGUGUUGCUAUAUUUGGGCUGGGAGCUGUUGGGCUUGCUGCUGCGGAAGGAGCUCGGAUUGCUGGGGCUUCGAGGAUCAUUGGUAUUGAUCUGAACCAGAGCAGGGCCAAGGAAGCAAAGAAGUUUGGUGUUACUGAGUUUGUGAAUCCAAAAGAUCAUGACAAGCCGAUCCAACAGGUCAUUGCUGAGAUGACUGAUGGUGGAGUUGAUAGGAGUGUUGAGUGUACUGGAAAUGUCAAUGCUAUGAUGUCGGCUUUUGAAUGUGUUCAUGAUGGAUGGGGUGUUGCUGUGCUUGUUGGAGUUCCAAAUAAAGAUGAUGAGUUCAAGACUCUUCCGAUAAAUCUGUUGAACGAGAGGACCCUGAAGGGUACUUUCUUUGGCAACUACAAGCCACGUACCGAUAUUCCUGGUGUGGUCGAGAAAUACAUGAAGAAGGAAUUAGAGGUUGAGAAGUUCAUAACUCACGAAGUUGGCUUCUCAGAAAUCAACAAAGCAUUUGACUACAUGCUUAAAGGAGAGAGUCUUCGAUGCAUCAUCCGUAUGGACGCAUAGGUCCUAUUAGUUAAUUGGGGAUAUGGACUGUGUUCCAAAGGGUUUCUAGUGAAUAAAGAGUUUAGGAAUAAAGUUAGAUUCCAUGGGACUUAUAAUCCCAUGGAAGUUCAAACUCUCUGAAUACGAAUAUAUAAUAUAUAAGUUAUAUUUAUAUCAUAUAU